CAGUAGUAGCCAUGUCUGGUCGUGGAAAAGGAGGAAAGGGUCUAGGAAAAGGGGGCGCUAAGCGCCAUCGUAAGGUUUUAAGAGAUAAUAUUCAAGGUAUUACCAAACCGGCAAUCCGGCGUUUGGCUCGCCGCGGUGGGGUCAAGAGAAUCUCCGGCCUCAUCUACGAGGAGACUCGUGGGGUGCUUAAGGUGUUCCUGGAGAACGUGAUCCGGGACGCCGUCACCUACACCGAGCACGCCAAGCGCAAAACGGUUACGGCCAUGGAUGUCGUCUACGCUCUCAAGCGCCAAGGACGCACUCUCUAUGGCUUCGGUGGUUGAGAACAAAAUACCAUAUUUCCAAAUUCCGAAGAAAACAAAGGCCCUUUUAAGGGCCGCCCACAAAGCCAUUCAAA